AGUGAUGUCAGCGCGCAGUGCUGUGGAUUCUGGGAGCACAAACACACACAUCAGCCAUUUUCGGUUUGCUCUGGUCAUCCUCCCUCACUCCAGCACAAAGAUCCGCCAGCUAUCUAUCACGCUGAAAGGGACGAGAAGGAUGGACGAAGAGAAAGCGGGUGAUCGCGCACACGGGCGUUUGUUUUGCUGAGCGCGUCAAAGACAAAAGCGCAGCACUGACGCGCAUCUUUACAGCCGGGGAUUCAUCUGAUUCACGUCUGAUAUCGUUUUAUUGUAGCAAUUCUGGACGCGUCUGAAUCCAUAACAUCGCAUUGUUUGCACGCUUGAGUUCAAGAGAAGCCCGAUACAAGCGGAUUAUAAAAGCGAGCGGUUCGUCCCGUGGGUGAUGUCCACCAUGGUGUACCCACGAGAAGAGGCGCUGGAGCGUCUGACGCAGGACGAGAUUGUGCUGAACACCAAAGCGGUGAUGCAGGGUUUGGAGGCACUGCGAGGGGAACAUGCUCAGCUCCUCAACUCUGUCCUGGACUGCGCUCAGCCGCCCGUCGCGCAGGAGAAGUCCAGCCUGCUCCGCAAGAGCCUGGAGGACAUCGAGCUGGGGCUGGGAGAGGCACAGGUGGUUUUUAGUGAAGCUCAGCCCAGCGGUGAAGCGGCGGCGCAGCAGGGGGGCUACGAGAUCCCGGCCCGUCUGCGAACGCUUCAUAACCUGGUGAUCCAGUACGCAUCUCAGGGCCGCUACGAGGUGGCCGUGCCGCUCUGCAAACAGGCUCUGGAGGACCUGGAGAAAACCUCCGGACACGACCACCCAGACGUGGCCACCAUGCUCAACAUCCUCGCCCUGGUCUACAGGGAUCAGAAUAAGUAUAAAGAGGCGGCUCACCUGCUGAACGACGCUCUGGCCAUCAGAGAGAAGACUCUGGGGAAAGAUCACCCCGCCGUGGCCGCGACCCUCAACAACCUGGCCGUGCUGUACGGCAAACGCGGGAAACACAAGGAGGCCGAGCCGCUCUGCAAGAGAGCGCUGGAGAUCCGCGAGAAGGUUCUGGGUAAAUUCCACCCUGACGUGGCGAAGCAGCUCAAUAAUCUGGCCCUGUUGUGUCAGAAUCAGGGCAAAUAUGAGGAAGUGGAGUAUUAUUACCGCAGGGCGCUCGAGAUCUACGAGAACAAACUGGGCUCCGACGACCCCAAUGUGGCCAAGACCAAAAACAACCUGGCCACGUGUUACCUGAAACAGGGCAAGUUCAAAGACGCAGAGACGCUUUACAAGGAGAUCCUGACCCGCGCGCAUGAGAAAGAGUUCGGAUCUGUCAACAAUGAUAACAAACCAAUCUGGAUGCAUGCAGAGGAAAGAGAAGAAAGCAAGGGUAAGAGGAAGGACUCGGGUCCGUACGGUGAAUACGGCAGCUGGUACAAAGCCUGCAAAGUGGACAGCCCCACUGUUAACACCACGCUGAAGAGUCUGGGCGCGCUGUACCGCCGGCAGGGCAAACUGGAGGCUGCCGAGACGUUGGAGGAGUGUACGACGAAAACCCGUAAACAGGGCAUCGAUGCCAUUAAUCAGAGUAAGGUGGUGGAGCUGCUGAAGGACGGAGGUUGUGCUGGAGGAGACAGACGUCAGAGUCGGGACGGAGUAAACGGCCCCGGAGGCCCCCGAGGAGACUGUGAUGGAGACGAAGCCGAGUGGAACGGGGAUGGUAACGGCGCCCUGCGCAGGAGCGGCUCGUUCGGGAAGAUUCGUGAAGCGCUGCGGCGCAGCAGUGAGAUGCUGGUGAAGAAGCUGCAGGGCAGCGGCCCUCAGGAGCCACGCAACCCCGGGAUGAAGAGGGCGAGCUCCUUAAAUUUCCUCAACAAGAGCGCAGAAGAAACCUCACAGGAGUCUAACAGCGGUCUGUCAGAAUCCAGAGGUCUGAGCGCUAGUAAUGUGGACCUGACCAGACGCAGCUCUCUGAUCAGUUAGAAACGACGUCUGGACGUGGAAAAGGAACCAAAUGGAGAGGAUGUUUGCUACCUACUUGAAUCGAAAAUAUCAUCAAAUGAUCCUCAUUCCAAACGUUUCCCUAAGAAAAAAUCUUAAAAGCAAAAACAUGUCUUUUAGUUUCACAUCGCUUGCAAAAUCUGGCCUUCGUCUCUCUACUUUGCCAUUAGCGAGAUCAAACGCAAUGUAGCACGCUAUCACCUACUAGACCACAGACAUCCAGUGGUGAAACGGCAUUAUCGCAUGGCGUCAAAACCGCGUAGUUUAGCAUACAACGAUCAAGUCAUCAAAGCAGACGUUUGCCAUUUAGAAAACAUAAAGUUCAUAUAUAGUAGAUGCUAACAACUUCCACAAAACGACCUCGCUAAGUUGAAACGGUGCGAAAAACUCCUGCGAAUGCACUUACGAAAAAUUUGAGCGUUAGAGGAGGAGUUGAAAUUCGAGAGCACUGACUGGUACGACCUCACGUUUGCCGUCUGAGUUUGAUGUGUAUAUAAUGAUUUAAAUUAUUUAAGGUCUUUUCGUUUUGCAAAAUUAGCGCACAAGUAUUUCGUUUACACUGUAGCUGGAUGUCUGUCCUGGAGCGACUGGAAAUCGCGUUGAACGCUGCAAUGAAGGAUUUCUCCUUUACGAUUUAAAGCUGAUAUGAAGCUCUUAUUUAUUAGCCAAUCUAGAUUCAGAAUUCAAACGCUCAGUCAUUUUAUCUGAUUGCAAGUCAAACUCCGAAAAAAAAAUCGGAUGAGUCGGUGGAAAACGCCAAACCUUGUAUAACUGGAAUUUUCCAUCAGUUUAAAAUGUGACGUGUUUUUCAUUUUAUAUGAUUUUCCAGCCACUAGAAUAUAAGGAUGUGGCUAAAACGGACAAAUUCUCUCAUUUUUGUUUUAUCUUUUCAUGUUAAUAAAUUGCGAAUCCUAACAGGAUCAAUAAAUGUCUUGGUGUACUUGUAUGUAAACGUUUGCACCUUCAUGUGAUUUGUUUGCAUUGAUUAAGGAUGUGUGUGUUUGAUUUUUGGUUUAUUUGAAUGAUUUUUCUUGUGUUCAUCGGAGGCGAGUGAUCUCUGUAUGUGCAG